ACAGUAUAUGACGUCAAAGCGUGCAGCGCGAUGGUGUCAUGUGAAUUCGUCACGCGAAUACGCCUGAUCACGUAUGGAGCGCAGCGCAAUAUCUAGCGGAGCACCUCAGGUUUGACAGCUGUUGUGCGGUGAUGAUGUAAUGUUGCUACGGAUGGCGGUGUGUGCCAGGCUCUGCGGAGCGGGUCAGACGCGGUGCAGGCAAAGCCAGGCGGAUCAGGAGAGCGACUCUGAGAUGGACAUGGACGAGGAGGAAGAGCGGGUCGUGGGCAAAAUGAAAGACGACCCCGAUGGCAGCAGCUGUCACAAGACCUGCGGUGCGGGGCCUAGCGGAGCCGGUGGUGGUAGUGGGGUCGCUGGGUUCGGUUGCGAGGACUCGGCCUCAGCCUGCGCGGUGCCACCGCGUCCGCAGUCACUGCUGGAUUUGCCCCCGGAGCUCUUAGUUGAGAUCUUUGCUUCUUUAUCCGGCACGGCGCUUCCCAAUCUUGCGCUGGUGUGCAAGAAAUUCAGGCAGAUCCUGAACACAGAAACAAUCUGGAGAAGGAGAUGUACGGAGGAAUUCGGUAUGAAGGAUGACUUACGGAAGAUGGAGAUUGUGGGUAUGUCAAGCCGAGAGCUAUAUGUCAAACGUGUGAACCCGCAGGUGAAGUCGGGACGCUUUGUGAAGCUUCUCCCUGAUUAUGAGCAUAUGGACUAUCGGGACGUGUACACACACUUGCUACAUCCAUAUAGACACAUCCUUGGUCUCUGGCAGCCUGACAUAGGGCCCUAUGGAGGACUACUAAAUGUGGUGGCUGAUGGGCUAUUCAUUAUAGGCUGGAUGUAUUUACCUCCCCAUGAUCCCCGUGUGGAGGACCCCAUGCGUAGACGGCCUCUUUUCCGCAUUCAUAUGUGGGAGAAAAAUAAAGCUACAGUAGAAUGCAUGUAUGGCCAUAAGGGCCCUCAUAAAGGAGACAUUCAGACUGGGAAGAAGGAUGAAUUUUCUACCAAAUGCAACCAGACAGAUCACCAUCGAAUGCCUGGAGGAAGGCAAGAGGAGUUCAGAACAUGGUUGGAGGAGGAAUGGGGAAGAACGUUAGAGGACAUUUUCCAUGAGCACAUGCAGGAGUUGAUCCUCAUGAAGUUUAUUUACACAAGCCAGUACGAUAAUUGCCUGACAUACCGGCGGAUAUAUCUGCCCCCGUGCCUCCCUUCAGACCUCAUACAGCCUGGCCUCUUUAAAGGGACGUAUGGCAGUCAUGGCCUGGAGAUUAUAAUGCUGAGCUUCCAUGGCUCCAAGGCCAAAGUCACCAAACUUACUGGUGAUCCCAAUGUCCCAGCAGGCCAGUUGACAUUAGAAAUAGACCUGAACCGUCCUGUGCAUCUGCCUGACCUGGAGCAGCAGAGGAACAUAGAAGAACUGUCUCGCCUUGUGCUGGGGGAGCAUGAGGAGGCCCAGAGGGGCAUGCAGGCCCAGGACACCCCAUCAGAAGGUUCAGAAGCAGGCCUUGCUCAGGGGUCAGAGGGCUCAGAUGAAGCUCCCCCUACUGGAGCAGAGGGUGUUGAGCCUGGAGCUUGUGCCUACGUUUCUCCACCUGAAUUGCAACCUUUUGUGCUGCCUCUGGGAGUCAUGGCCCGAAAUGAAGUGUACCCUCGCACCUGUAAGAUGUGUUUUUAUGGGACAGGCUUGAUCGCCGGCCAUGGCUUUACGAGUCCAGAGCGCACGCCUGGUCUGUUCGUUCUGUUUGAUGAUGACCGUUUCGGCUUCAUCUGGCUGGAGCUCAAGUCAUUCAGUCUGUAUAGCCGACUGACAGACCAGCUAUCCCACGCACAGAUCCCCAGCAUGGAGCGCUUCGAGUCCAUGCUCUGCAACAUGCAGUCCUGGACAUCCUGAUAGCAACCUCACUCUACUGUACUCCACUGAUCUCAUCAGGCACAUACUCUGGGAUUCAGAUUACUGUCGAUGCACACAUACACACAUUAGGGAUGGGCAUUUUAGUCACUUUGUGCACUUGAGUCCUCAGAAGAUAGAUUAACAAAGUGGCAUUACUGUGCUCUUCAUCCAGAUUACCUAAUUAUCUUAAAUUUAAAGUUCAAAUUUCAAUUGAAGGAAAAGUUACUGAGCCAAGUUAAUGAAAUCAUUAGCAUUGAUUGUCAUUAGGAUUUUUUUUUUUGUAAUGCAUAACACCUUAUGAAAUAAAAAAAAUGAUACCGUUUGAAACGUUUGUGUAUUAUUUUAAAAUCAGUAAAUAAAAUUCUCCCGCAUGAUUUUGAUCGAUCAUUAUUUUCAUGAGUAUUUGAGUACUAGUGCCCAUCCCUAACACACUUUUACACACACUCCUGCUUGCAUCAGCACAGGUAUAUUUACAGCGGCAUGCCCAUACAGGUUGUAUUAUAUUAAGCUUUUCAAUUAAUUUAUUUUUGUAACCUCACAAUGUUGAAGACAAUGACAUGAAAAUUCCCCCAUGUACUCUGGAGAAAGUUGAGCUUGCCUCUGAAUCUUUACCGAGAUAUUUAAUCCGAGACUUCUAUACAAAAUUCGGUGGUUUUGUACUUUAGACAUAAUUUAGAUCCAAGUUUGCAGCGUUUGUCAUCAACAUGGCUUGCAAUUACUGGAAAAACAGUCUGCAUUCAGGGUCGAAUUGAUAUUGUGUUUUAGAUUCCAAUUAAAUUGCUAACUUUGAAUUAAAUUUGAGUUUAGGCAGCAAACAGGAUCAUAUUAAUAGCCCAUUUCUGAGAUGCCACCAAAAUAAAUGUGUUUAUAAAUACAGCAUUUCAUUAUAUUUUAUAAGUUAACUUUCAUUUUAUGGACUAUGGUGUAAGAGUAAGUACUUUAGCUACAAAAUGCAGCCAAACAACAGGCUUACAAGAUGGAAACCUUGGCAGAACACCUAGAAAAUGAAUUGCGAUUCAAAUUCAACAUAAUGAUGCCAUGGCAAUUCAAAUUCAAAAUCAUGAAAUUAAAUUGAGCCAAUUCCAAAACCUGGUCUGCAGUAGCUUGUAAUCGAUGUUAUCUAAUUUAUUUAUUCUUUUUAUUCUUCUGAACAUUAUGUAAAAUACAGACGUUGUUCGGCCAACAUUAUGGCAUUGAAGUGCUCUUCCAUUUUUUGUAUUGUCGUCACUCUUCAUCACAUUUGGCAUGCAUAGCACUGUAGUUGUCUUCAAAAUGUUAACAUUGUUGAAAUCUACAUGAUUGAACAUUUAGAGCAUGUUGCCAAAUUUUGGUCGCUGGAUAAAGGGAUGUUUACACUGAUAAAGAUUAAAUUGGACACCAAAUCCAUGUACUGUUUGUUGCUCUUAGGUGUUACUACUUGACUGCUGUGUCCGAUGGUAUCAGUAGACGGAUCAUGACAGCUUCACUGUCUUCAAUCUCUUUGGUAGUCACGGUAAAACCAUUUGCAUAAAGUUGAACUCUGCUCAACUUUGUUGCAUUGCUAUUGGUCAUGCUAGCAUUCAGGUUCACGCUAAUAUUCAGAAUGAUUUGGAUUUACCGAUUGUUGCAACCGUUCACAAUAAAACAUGAAAUGCUUUCAUUUUCAGUUUUUUAGCUUUUACGAACAUAACGUGACAAUUUUCACAUAAUUUAUGUGAUUCUGGUCAUCUAGCUGUGCAGCUCUCUUCCAAGUGCUCUUCCCUACGCAGUGUUGACGUUCAUCAGAGGCAACAUUCCUCUGACUAUACUUUUUGUAUUUGACUGCAGCAUUACUAGCAUAUAAUGUAUAAUAUAUAUAGUGAAUAUAUAUGUAAAUGCAUUGAAGAAUAUUUAAACAUUUAUCAGUAUAUUUGGGCUUUGUUUUAGCGAUGACUGCAUAUCUGAUGGAUGAACUAAUUUGACUAUAUCGCCUGUGUUUACAACCUCUUAGUUGAGUGCUAAUUGUUUUAAGUGGAGUAUUCUCAUAGCAUUGGCUGUUUAUGUGGACAACAAUUGUACAACUAUUGAUUUUAUUCGAAAUAAGACAAUGUCGAUUUAAUUUGUCACAUUACGGAAGUAAAUUGGGUUGCAAAAAUUAAUUUCAUGUUGAAAUGAAGAUCAAGUUGCUCUUCAUUAUUUGGCAUUGUUUCUCUUGUGUUGGAACUGUGAUGUAGCCUUGCAUCAAUCUUAACUGAAUGAACUUUCUUAAGUUCCCUU